GAGGAAAUCGAAGGGGGUUGUAAGGACGUUUGGGAAAGAGGGGAAAGACCCAGAGAGUCUCUUGGGGAUGGGAUGAUGCAGGAUUAGGAACAUCCCCUUUCUUCACCCCCGUUCUUGCCAGAUCCCCUUCCUCUGGUGUGGAACUGGUCACUAGACAAUUAAAAUGGGAUUCCUGCCUUGAUGACGUCCGCACCGUGAAGGCCCCUCCCGCAGCAGCAUAAAAGGCUGUGAGGUUCCGCAGUCUGCUCGGCAGUUAGGGGGUGGACUGAUAGAUCCGCGGCUCUGAACUCCCAGGUACCGCAGCACUCAGACUACUGCGGGAGAGUCGGGGAGUAGAGAGGACUUGUCCGGUCCCGGAAACAUUGGGACCCUUCCAACCAUGCCUGGCGGUAUCCCGUGGUGCUUCGUGGUCCUCUUCGCCGUGUGCCUGGAAUGCCUGGCCCAGAAUUUCGGACAGACCCGUUUCAUCUGCACUUCGGUGCCGGUAGAUAUGGACAUGUGUACCUCGGUUCAGAGCAGCGGCAACGCUGAGGACCUCAAGACCAAUGUGUUGCAGCUCCGUGAGACAGUGCUGCAACAGAAGGAGACCAUUAUGAACCAGAAGGAGACUAUCCGGGAACUGACCACCAAACUGGGCAGGUGUGAAAGCCAGAGUUUGUUGGAGAGUGGACCUAAUGAAGCCAAGCCUGGAGCGGGCAGAAAACAGUCAGGCUCCGGGAAAAAUACCAUGGGGGACCUGUCCAGAACCCCUGCUGCGGAGACUCUCAGUCAACUCGGGCAAACUUUGCAGUCUCUCAAAACCAGGCUAGAGAACCUUGAGCAGUACAGUAGACUCAAUUCUUCAAGCCAGACCAACAGCCUUAAGGACAUGUUGCAGAACAAGAUCGAUGACCUAGAGAAGCAAGUUUUGUCUCGAGUGAAUAGUCUGGAGGAAGGGAAGUUGAAUCCCAAGAAUGAGACUGAGGAGAGGGUCAAGAUAGAGAGCACUCUAACGUCCCUCCAUCAAAGGAUCAGUGACCUAGAGAAAGGUCAGAAAGACAACAGGCCUGGGGACAAGUUCCAGCUCACAUUCCCGCUGCGAACCAACUAUAUGUAUGCCAAGGUGAAAAAAAGUCUUCCAGAAAUGUAUGCCUUCACUAUCUGCAUGUGGCUAAAAUCAAAUGCCUCCCCUGGAGUGGGGACUCCAUUCUCCUAUGCUGUGCCAGGCCAGGCCAAUGAGCUGGUCCUAAUUGAAUGGGGGAAUAACCCAAUGGAGAUCCUCAUAAAUGACAAGGUGGCCAAGCUACCCUUUGUUAUCAAUGAUGGUAAGUGGCAUCACAUCUGUAUCACCUGGACCACACGGGAUGGUGUCUGGGAGGCCUACCAGGAUGGCACUCAAGGAGGCAAUGGAGAGAACCUAGCACCCUAUCACCCAAUCAAACCACAGGGUGUGCUUGUGCUGGGCCAAGAGCAGGAUACUUUGGGUGGUGGAUUCGAUGCCACACAAGCUUUUGUUGGUGAAUUGGCUCAUUUCAACAUCUGGGACCGAAAACUCACCUCUGGGGAGAUCUACAACCUGGCCACCUGCAGCACCAAAGCUCUGUCUGGAAAUGUCAUUGCCUGGGCUGAGACCAACAUUGACAUCUAUGGCGGGGCUACUAAGUGGACAUUUGAAGCUUGUCGUCAGAUCAACUAACUGCUUUGGAGCUGCCUCUCUCCCUUCUUCCUGCCUGCCCCUCCCUCCCAUUCCCACCUCUCCUCCCUGCUUAAGCAGUUCUGACCCAAGUGUCUUUUCCUCUCUUCUUUCCUUAAAAGUUAAUUAAGGAUAUUUCUGCCCCCUUCCUUAAAACACUCCUCCUUGUUUUGUUUGUCUCUCCCCUGAAGCAGAGUCACUUGUCUUGUAGGUCCCCAAAGAACAAAACGUUUCUCUCUAGGAGCCUUGGACUCAGUUCCUCAGGCAUCCCCUGUCCACAGUAAAAGCAACGGCACCAAACUUUUGAACCAUGCAAAAGUAGGUGAAAAGUUUUUUGGGUUUUUUUUUUUUGGUCAGGGGAAGGGGGCUUUUCUUUUGGAAUGAGGCUUUUUUUCCCUUCCUUCUCUAUUUUUCUUUCUGGCUUUGGGAAAUUUCACAACCGGUCACAUUCCUGUAUUCGCCAACUUUGUUAGAUGCCUGAGUGCCUUUGGGCUGGUGCAACUUCUUGAGCACACACAUUUGUCUUCAUCUGCAACCCUUUUUAAGAAGGACAUAUCUCUAUAUUGAUAUAAUAAAUGUCUUUUAUGCAGUUUGUUAAAGGCCAGGGCACCUCACCAUAGAGAAUUUUUAUUUUGUAUUAAAAAUGAAUUCUCUUUGAAUGAUUCCAUACUCACAUGGCACUUUGAAUGGCUCUGCCUACUCCCACUGGGAGAGGGAGAUCAUCUGAUUCUAGUGUAGAAGGAGGAAGGAUGCUAUUGGCCUCAGCAUUCUAGCUAACCCUGUUGGCAACCACUGGCACCUGACCUGUUCCUCAGCUCUUUGUAUCUGAGGAUACACCAAAGCUAGGGAAGCCAUAAUGCUCACUUGGGCUUUGUGCCAGGCUCUUUCCCAGGACUAGGAAAGUAUUGUGCCCCUUUUAGGGAGCACUAUGUGAGCCCUGUGGGAAAAGCCUUACUCUCUUCACUUCACUGCAUCAUAUGAGGCUGCAGCUUGCUCCUUCACUUAACUGCCAGGUGGGUCCCAGGUGCAGUGUUCCAACCCUGGUAACCCACAAAAGAGGAGUACCCCAUCUCAUGUCCCAGGGAGGCCACAUCUCCACUUCCUCACCCUCCUCCUUCACACUUGGGUUGUGUCUUAGGAUCAUAGCAUUUGAAACUAAAAAAAGACCUUAGGGAUGACCUAUUCCAACCCUCUCAUUUUAUAGAUGAGGAAACCGAGGCUCACAGAGGUGGAGCAAUUAGCCCAAGGUCACUCAGCUGUGCAUAGCAAAGCUAAGAUUUAAAUCGAGGUACUCAGACUCAAAUUAUGGUGUUCUUGCAGAGAGUAGAAGGUCUGAGUAUAUUAGUUUAAUGGGAUUUCCCUACCCCCCUCCAUUUUAUAAGAAAACUGACAUGUGGCUAAGAUCCAGCCCCUUUCUGAUGGGGCUCAAAACCCAACCAGACAACCCAGGAAGGCUUCUUACUUAGAUAUUUUUUCUCUUGCCUCCCAAUAUUUCUAGACCUAACCUUCAGGAGUUAAACAAGCCUUCAUAAAGAAAAGAUGAUCUGGGUUAGAUUUCUAAGACAAGUUUUUGAUUUCUGAGACAAGUUUCAGCUGCUUGGUCCCUGCAUUCCCUCUUUAAUUUUGUAAAAACCCAAGUCCAGCAAAGCCAAACUUCUCUUGGUUGUGUGGCUCAUUGAGCUUCUAUCUAAAUAACCAGAAGGCCUUUCCCCCUACUUUUUGAUGUUAUCUAAGAAUUCUCCCCUUGUCCUUCCAAGUAAGAGGGGAAACUGCGUGUGUGUGUGUGAGAGAGUGUGUGUGUGAGCAUGUGUGUGUGUGUGUGCAAAAGUUGGGAGAACCAUGCCCAUGUUUAGUGCGAGCUCUGCUUUUUCAGCAUCUGGAAGUUGUGCACCCUGAGGCACCUCCCAAUGUUAUUGCCACAGUCUAACGAAAAAUGGGUUUGUACAUCUUUCUAGAAAUUCAAUUAUUACCACCUGGCUCAUCUGUAGCCCCAGACAUUUCUGUAGCAGAUACAGGUGUCUAAGUUUUAUGUUCCCUAACAGGGUCACCUGUCUCCUUAAAUACAGGUCCAUCUCACGUCUAAAAAUGGGUGUGUGUGGUGUGUGUGUGAACGCAUGCACACACCUUGUGUAUACGUAUGUACUUAUGUAUGUCUGUUCAGCACAUAGCCAUUGGCUCUGAGAUAUGUUUCUCUUAUUUAAAGGGCAUGGAUUGGAUGACAAGAUGUAUGUUGUUACAAAUGGUGACUGGCAUUCUUCCAUGGUUGCGUUUUCUCAAAGCCUUAUGGCUUGUGACACCCUUGGAUUUGAAGAUGGCUUCUGUGUUUGCAUGUUUUUCUGGAUGUUGUGUUCCUUGCUGCCUUGGUCUGGUGUGUUCAUUCCUUUGUCUGCAUGGGUUCUUGCAGAGUUGUAUUGUUUGCUGAGCUCCCUCUCAAAUGUUUUGUGAUCUAUGUGUAGCAAUCAGAAAUGGCUGUAUAAUCCAGGCUAAGGGAUAGAUAAAAUCUUCUCCCCAACACACACUCACGCGCACACACAAACACCCGCAAAACACAUACAUAUGCACACAAACACAGAAAUGAAGGUGAGACCAAGCUCAAAUGAUACCCAAAGCAGGGAGAGAGAGCUUGGAAUUGUCCUUCUAGUCCAAGAAGGCCCUGCUCCCUCACUUCUCUCUGUGGAGCUGCUGUAUAGUGUUGGUGAAGGGCCCAAAGUGUACUCGGUGCUGUACCACCUGCACCUACCACCAGCCCCAGCCCCCACCUACUGGACCCCAGACCACCCUCUGCCCUUAACCAGGCAAGGUGGGAGCUGUCCAUUCAGGACCACAAGCCAUUCUCUGUCUCUAACUAGAUAGUCAGACAGAGCUUAUCCCUUAUGCUUAUGCCUUUCCAGCAUCUCAAUCCAUUCUCUCCACACCUUUACCUCUAUUCCUCCUCCCUUCCACCACCAUCCCUCACCCACCCUGGGGCUUUGGAGCUGUUCAAAAUGGCUCUAAAACAUCCUGUCACCCAUCUCCCUUUCCUCCAAGCUCUCCUAGAGAUACACAGGAUGGCCGGGACUGAGUCCUCAGCACCCUUCUUCAUCCCCUAAUUGGGGUCAGUGCCAAGCUCCUCAGCUCCCUCACUGUGUUUGUACUUGGCAUGCUGCUUGCCCCAGGUAAGGCAGAUGACAAAGCCACCAAUCUAAUCCACUCAGUUUCCAUAUACUCCUUAAUCCGAUUGACGUUCCCUCUUGCACUGAAUAAUACAUGCCUUUCUCAGGUAAUGCCAUUUUAUAAAAUAAGGAGAUAAAAAAGCACUGUUGAGACAGUGUUUGUUUUUGCCUAGCCAGUGUCCGACAGCUCCCAGAGGCAUCUGAAUUGGGAGAAUUGUUGAAAUAGCCUUUCUGGUCUCUUGGGAGCUGAGAUCCCACUUGGAUUUUAAGCCUUCUUGCUUUUGAUAACACAGUAUUAUCUCUCUUAUUGUAGAAGAAAAAAAGUUUAUUACCAAACAAAAGUAUUUUUAUGAGAAAAAAGACAAACAUAUAAAUUAACGUAUAAUUUCUCCCUUGAAAAUAUUUUUCAGGCUCUACCAAAACUUAGACUGGUAUGUGUGUAUUUUGGAAGAAAGAUAGUAGAUUUUGUAUGUUUCCCUCCCUUUUGCAGACUCCCCAUUUAUUUUCUAGGACUGCAAAGGUCAUCUUGUCACCAGCCCUGGGACCUGAGGCCAAGGGGUUAGGAGUAUUUUGGAGGGGGGAGAGGAGAUAAGAUGUUUUAGAGCCAUUUUGAACAGCUCCAAAGAAGUUCUGCCUGUUUAUCAAGAGUAGUGGGGACCAAGACUAAGAAGAAUUUAAGGUGAACCCUUUGUCCCAGAGCUGUUUCCAUUUAAGUGGAAUGCGCUGGACAUUUGAAUGUCUAUUUCAUCCUGUUUAAACAAGAAGUAAAGAAAUUGGGGCUAUUGUUUGAAACAACAGCAACAAAAGACAAAAAUUCACAAACACAAAAGAAAAACAAAACAAAAUAGAAGUUAAUCUUUUAUAAUCUACCAUCACCAAAAAAGUUAGCUGGAAGCCCUCAUAGUCUGAUCUGUUAAAAUACUUUACAAUUUACAUUUGCUCAAUAAAGGACUGGAAACACAUUGCUUCAAUAAGCAGUGAACUUUAACUGCAAUUUGCUGAAGGGGGAACAAAUCAUUGAGGAGAAAACAAAUUCAACUCAAAUAGUCCCAAUUUUGUCUGACUUGCAAAAAAAAAAAACAGCAGUCCCACAAAAUAACUAACAACCCCCCUACCCUCCUAUGGUUGCUCUUGAUACAAUGUAUAUAUUGUAUAGUGUUAAAGAGAAUCUGUGUAUCUUACUUUUUCAUUAUUUGCUAACCAAAGCUGUACAUUUUUCAUAUAUGAUCUGCAGCCGUUUGGGUUUCAAAUGGGUCAGAGUCAUGGGACCUGCCACCUCCCAUCAGCAGUUCUGGAAAUGCACUGUUUCUACUGGUAUUCUUGCUUUUCUUUCUUUCUUUUUCAUUUUCUUGCAGAAACUACAUGAAUUGUUGAGUUUAUUUUUACACAGUAAAGAGUGAAGAAAGAC